UCGUUUAAAAACACGUCUGAACAAUAAAAGAAUAACACUAACGACACUGAUAAAAUAGACUUAAAAAUGCUAUUUAAGGGAUUCGUCUGUUAGACAGUGUGUCAGUAUUGACGUUUCGUGACUUGAUGAGCACUUAUUGUCGUGAAACAGAAAGUAAUAUGAUGAAAAUUACGAUCGCGACGGUAGUGCAGGUGACCGUCUUUUUCGUAAUGCAGGUAUCCGUAGAACCGUGCAACGAUAAAUACAUCAAGGAUAUGAUAGUGGACGUUUGUGGAAUGGUAGGAUUAAAACGGUCAUUCGGCGAUAACAGCAAUCCUGGUUUGUUGUUCGGGUUGAGUAUAAGAAGAAUGUUGGAUGACACCGAACGCGAAUUCGAACACCUAUUUGGAAACACCGCAGAAGCAAAGUUUCAACUGAAAAAAUCUAACGAGAACAAACUAAAAGAACCAAACGUUACUCCACUUCAGCUUCCAACUCACUUAUCAGGUUUCAAAGACAGAUCGAGACACGUGAAAAGACGCGAUGAUGUCGGAAAGGCCACGAUUAUAAAACGGGAAGUAAUGGCCAAGCUCAAAGAGUGUUGCGUCAAGAAGUGUACUCCCAAAGAUUUACGUCAUAUAUGCGAGAAAAAAUAAACAAUAUAACCAAUAACAUUUUAACAUACCUUGUUUUAUUAUUAAAUUAUGGGUAAUAAUUAUUAUCAGUAGUCAGUACGUAUACAUAAAAAUACACA